AUCAAUUCGAAUUUUUUCAACAGACAAAUUUUUGUUAGAAUCGACUAUAUUCUUGUUUUAAUGUAAUUUGAUCAUAAUCUUUUGUGAAAGUCGCAAACAAAGUUAGUGAAUCCAAAAAAAAAAAAACGUCGACGAAGGAAGAAAAAAAUGUCAGCAGAAGUGAACAACCUUGCUAACGUCUAUGCCUUUUUGAAAAACACCUACGAUACGGCUGAUGUGCUAUUGGCCCCCGCUCCAACAUACGUACAAUCGCUGACCGGAGAGGCCGAUUCGAAAGUCAUUUUCAUCUACAAAUAUGACGAACAUCGGAGCAGGGUCAUGCAAAUCGAUGGAGCUCAAUUCAGGAGCAAAAAAGGAGGGAGCACAUCAAGUCAACCGGAUUUGGAUCUUACCGGAUCGCCGCUAAAGGAUGACGUGAAACUAGAUGAUUUAAAUCUCUCUGAUGAGCCGGGAGCAGUGAUCUACUUGGAGAACCCGUGGCUGGACAAGGAAGAAUGCUACGUACCGAUUCCGGUGGAAAAAGCGACAGCGAUUUUUCAAGAGGUGUUGAACAGUGAUUAUUCCGGCAGUGGUCAGUUGUGGGCUCUGUGCGAUGCUCGUGAUAUGGAUCAAACUAUGCUGUUGCAGAUUGUGUUGAAGAGAGGGGCACGGAAUUUUAUUAGAGGAGUAGUCAGGCUGUUGGGAUGUUUUGCUGAUGAUACUCUUUCGAUGGUCAGGUUCCAAAAAGUUCACGAAACAAGAACGCGAGCUGGUUCGGAGAAGAAACUGGAAACAAAUAUUGAACUGUGGUAUAAAAUCCAGUCCCACAUAAGCGUUAAACUCUACUGGACCAAUUACUCUGAACAGCCGUCGUUUUGCAUCAAUAAGAAAGCCGACAUCUGGCUGCAGCAAACCAUUCGCAUUGACGACACUCAGUCGGUGGCGGAAUAUUUUUGGAGCCAGUUGCAUCUGCUGGAAACAAUCAAGGAGAAGAUAAUUCAAAUUCGCAGCGAGGGUCGUCUUAAUCUCGAAAACGAUACGUUUGCCGGUGCGUUGGAUAUCGACCUGAUUAAGGAGAAGGUCCACAAGAUUUUAACGGAAUUUUGUAUGAUGGAAUCGACGGACUACAAGCUGGUACAGAUCGGAUCGGUUGUGGAGCGCGUAAAAAACAGGACAGCUGCUGACGUAACGGACCGGCUGUGGAGUGUCCUAAAAUAUUGCUCUGGGUACGAUGAUUUAAGGGAGGUUCUAACAUUUAUCUUUAAAGCUGCAUCCAAAAGUAAUCUCGCGAACAUUCCCAGUAACAACAAUCGGCUAGCCCAGUUGAUCAAAUCGAUUGCUCAAGGACGUCUGGCGAUACCCAUGCUAAGCGGAGCCGAACCUCUGGAGUUGCUGCUAGAAAUAGGGCUGGAAAAAAUUUUCAAUGAUUAUCAGAUUAUUUUCCAUGAGAGUAAGAUUUGCAAUCUAGACCUGGCGAAAGUGGGUAAAACUACGGCCACGAAUGGAGGACAGAGUGCCUCUCGAGCCUCGAGUAUAAGAAAAUCCAUGUACGACGCGGUAAAGCCAUCGGAAGCCAAAUCGGCUCACAGUCGUAAGACGACUUUACUGUCAGGCACUGGUAGCACCGAGCAGGAUGAUGAUGAUGACGGGGCCAUUCGUAAUAGUUAUUUCAACGCGAACGAAGCUACGCUGAAGAUUGGUAAACUGGCUCAGGUUCAUCUAUUGCUCGAACACUUGCUUUCGAUCGAAACGCACUUGAAAUUAACGAACAUUUACUCGCAUGUUGCUGAGGAAUAUUUUGCCCGGCCAGCUGUCAGCUUCGAAGAUAUACGGUCGCGCAAAACUGACCGACUAGAGAUUCCGAUUAUGGACAAUAAGAUCAUCGAACUGGUGGAAAACGCUACACCCUACAUUCGCAAAGUUAAGAUGACCAGCAAGUGCAAAUUCCGUACAGUGCAAAGCACCUUCUACCAGAGCACGGAGCCGAUUUUCCCUACCCAUUUGUACAGUCAGCUUAACGCGGAAUGCGCGGAAGGAGUGAACUCCUACUGGUGCUUGGAAUAUACGAAACUGAUCAAUCAUUGAGAA